AAAAUCAAUUGACAAGGUCAAUUAUUUGGCAAUUCGAUAAUUCGUUGUAAGUAUUCUUUCAAAUUCUGGUUCAAUGUAAUAGCAGAUCAUUUUUUUGUAAUUUUGUUUCCAUUGUGAAUGUGUGCUAGAAAAAGGUCAUGACUGGGGUCAUUUUGUAGGAAUGUAAAAUCAUUGUGUUUGGACAGAGUGUGUUGUAGGUGUAGGUCAGUGUAGGUUUGCUGUGUGUGAAGCAAUGGAAAGGUACAAAGACCACAGAUCCUGGUGUGCUGCUCAAUAAUGAAUGAGACACAGGUAUCAUCGCGUCAUCUAAAACCCAGUCUCUUCUCUCUACUCCACUGCAUUCCUGCAAAUGGAAAGCGGGGGUUGGAGAUGGAUGGUGAGGAGGGAACGUGUGAGUGAAUAAUUCAAGCCAAAUCAGUUUACAGAGACUCAAUCACCUCGUGCUCAGCUUCUCACUGCCUGUGUACACUAGCUAAACUCAUUGCUUGGACAGGACUCUGUUUAUUUUCAGAAUAUUUUCAACAGAUUUUCAUUUUAUUGGAAAUUUCUGAUGGAACUUUUUUCGUAAAGGAUACGGCAUUGGUCACCUGAGCGUCAUGGCACCAUGGUACACAGACUGUUAGGGUUGGCUGAUUUCUCCCUAACUGUAUUCCUGCUUCCUCUCCUUCUGCAUGGUCUGGAGAUCGUGGACCCAGGGCAAGUCAUCUACAGAGAAACCAGGACAAAUGGAGUGGUGGACAAAGGAGUGAUCCUGGAAUGUGGCCCCACUCUCCCUGAUGUCUACAUCUGGAGCUUUACCAAACCAGGCACCGAGACGAUUCGAGCCGUAGUGUAUAACUUUGGGAAGGGUCCAAAACUCCAGCAACUGGCCAAAGAUUUGGGCGAUCUGAAUGUUAUCAGUAACAGCGCCUCUCUUUCCAUAACAAAGCUUCCUCUAGCAGCAGAAGGCUUAUACACCUGCCAGGCUUUGUACGACACCACUGAGGGAGCCAAGCUUUACUACUACUAUGUGUAUCUGCGUGUUUUAGUGCCUGUGUCCAAACCCUACAUCCUGCUGAGUGACUCUUCGCCAGUAGAGGGCGCAUCAGUGUGGAUGCGCUGUAGUCUGGAGAAUGGCACAGGUCCAAUUCACUAUGUCUGGGAACAGGAGAACCAUAGUGGGCAGGUCAGCAUAUUGACUGAGAGUGACAGCAAUCUAAUUAACAUCACCUCAGUAAGCCGCAACCACACAGGCUGGUUCAGGUGCCUGGCCAGGAACGAGGUCAAUCAGCAGAGUGGUGACCGUAUCUGGUUAGAUGUCAUAUUUGGACCAGAUCUGCCACAGAUUGAUGUAACACCUUACUCAGUAACGGAUCGAGGAUACUCAGCUCUGGAGAAAGAGACUGUUUCCCUCCUAUGUCAAGCUUCCUCCAACCCUCCCAGUCAGUAUGUUUGGUUCUACAACAAUUCCCAGGUCUACACUGGACCACAGCUCACCAUCACCAAGAUCCUACGAAUGCACACAGGGUACUAUGCCUGUCUGGCCCAGAACACUUAUCUGAACACCCGCUCCAAGAAAACCAUCACUCUCACCGUCUACUAUCCACCAGAUGGUGUGCCAUCUUGUUCAAUCUUUCCAACUAAUAACUACAAUGACUUAGCUCUCAUCUGUUCCUGGGAGGGGGGUUACCCUUCAGCUACCCUCAACUGGAGUCCAUAUGUGAAUGGAGACAACUCACAGGGUGUUUCUAACAUCACUCGGAUUCAGCCAGGGCCUGAGACAGCUAACAACUCUAUAUUCACCUGCUAUGGCUCACAUGUGGCACUUAGUUUCCCACAGCGCUGUAGCACCAAGACAUGGCUGCCAAAUGAAGAACCUCACUGUUCUGCAUAUGCGACGCGUAAUAACGAGUACCUGAUGCUGUCCUGCUCCUGGGAGGGUGGGUUCCCUCGGGCUCUGCUGUGGUGGGCUUCUAGUUCAGGAGACAUGCAGGGCACAUCUGAGGAGAACUCCAACAUCCUGGUCCUGCGCUCCAGCACCACAUACAGCGGCAAAGCAUUUGUUUGCCAUGCCAAACAUCCACUAGUUAAAGAGAGCAAGCAGUGCAUGUUAAAAUUGGAGGCACCAGUUUUAAUGACUCAGCGCAGUGUUGUUUCAGUGUAUGAGGGAAAUGAUGUCCAGCUCACCUGUAUCCUGAGCAAAAACUAUCCUGCAGUCACAGAGAUUACUUGGUAUAAUAAUAUGAAACAAAAGGUGGGUGACAGUGGCACACCCAAGAAGUAUGUUCUUCAGCAAGCUGCAGCCUGGUCCAACCUGACUGUCCGGGAAACAGAUGGCAUGGUGGAUGGUGGACAGUACUGGUGUUCUGCUACCAAUGCUGUUGGAGGAGCAGAGAUUCCCAUCUUACUGGUGGUACUUAGGUACCCAAUGCCUCCAAAUGUCACCAUCAGUAAGAUUAUGUACAGCAGUCGUCAACGGACAGAUGUUAAUGUGGAAUGGCUGAUCCUGUCAGAUGAUGACUUUACUGGGUUCUUCAUAGAGCGCCAAAAUCUCCCAUUCCCACUCUGGCAAAAAGUGAUAGGAGAUCUGGACCCCAGCACCCGAAGCUACCAAAUCACCAACCUGGAUCCCUCUGGCACUUAUGCAUUCCGAAUCACGGCUGUCAAUCACCGCACUAUUGGACAUCCCUCAGAGGUCAAGAGUCCAGCUCUUCCAGGCUUUAAUGCGUAUCCUGCUGUUAUCGGAGCAGCUAUUGGAGGCAUGCUUGUGGCGACGAUAGCUACAGUACUGCUGUUCAUGUAUGUGGUGAGGAAUCGCAACAGCAACCCACGACUUCAUGAUCUGAUAUUUGGCAGGCAAAACAGCCAGUCUAGAGAAAAUAUCAACUCCCCUGAGGAUGAAGUUGUUGGUGGGUCAGAAGCAGAUGGAGGUGGAGGAGAGACAAGUCAAGGACCAUCUGUGGUGCUUCCACGACCCACCGCAACACCCACAAACCUCGCCCCAGGGGAUGAACCCGUCAAUGUCACUAUCACCGUCAUGGCAUCAAGCUAGAGCCACCAUGCAAACCCAAAGUUUUUAUUUGAGCUGACAGCGGUAUAGAAAUAAACAGGAAGUAAAAUGAGGAAAGCCCCUACCUGGAGGAUUUAUGAUGCUAGUGCAGAGAAGACACUGUUCUAUAAAAAAAAAAAACUGUUAAAAAAUUGGAAAUCGAGUUUACUGGCUCAUCAGGACGCCUUCCUUGCUUUAGGAUUGUAAUAAAUAAGAAUAUUAAAUUACUUUUAAUAGUUGCUUACUUCUAAAGAAAGGAUUAUUUUAUAAUAACAGUUCUGGAAUAAAUUCAAAAAGUUAAUGCUCGCUGAGCAAACUGUGAGACUGAUGUGAUGGGAAACUAAGCAUUUGUAAACAAUAAAGUUAUUAUUUUCUGAAUUUCCUUUGGUACCUCCAUUCUGUUCUGAAACUCUAAAGUCUUCCACACCUGCCAUUUAAAAAAAAGAGACAUUUUUAUUUUUUUGCUGUUGAAAAAAUGUAA